AAACAAACAACUGCAGCAAAUAAUCUCAUGGAGGUUUUAAAACCAGAAUAUUUUGAUAAUUUGGUGGUAGCCACCAAAGUAAUAAGUGGUUACGAUAGUGAUUCCAAAAGCUUCAAAUCUGCAAGUCUAGCUCUACAUAUGGGUACACGGCUCAAACAAGUUUGUAACCUAGCACGAAAACUUGUCAUAAAGAAGAGCCGUUUUCUUCAUUGUGAGAAUCCUGAAAAAACGUUGAAAGAUAUCAAUCGUUUGAAGGAACUCAUCAGUGAUCACUGGUAUACAGAUAUAUCCAGCUUGGCACUGAAAGAUUUGAAUGAAAAACAUUGGCAGAAACCAAAACUAUAUCCUUUGACUAGUGAUAUUAUAAAAUUCCAAAAAUAUGCCCUAGAAGAAGCUCAAAAAGCAAGUUAUCUAAUGGCUGAUGCCAAAGAUAUGAAAAAUCAAUUCAGAAAACUCACAGAGUGCGUUCUGAGUUUAGUAUUGCUUCUUAAUAGAAAACGUAUCGGUGAAAUACAAUAUUUGAAACUAUCAACAUACAAUUCUGAUAUCUCACACUACCAGCAAGAAGAAUUCGUUGAUUCUCUCAGCGAUGCCGAAAAAAUAUUGACCAAAAACUUCAAAAGGGUUGUGACUGCUGGAAAAGGAAGCAAACCAGUUGCCAUCCUGUUUCCUAAAAAAUACCAAGAUCUCAUCGAUAUCAUGUUGAACUAUAGAGAAAAAUGUGUUCCUGAAACAAAUGGAUACUUAUUUGCAAACCCCAGAAGUGAUAAUAGAUGGUUGAGUGGAUAUCACACACUGAAAAAGUUAGCAAAUGAAGCUGAAGUACAAGAUCCAGUUCUUUUUACGUCCACUCGUUUGAGAAAACAAAUUUCAACAAUUUUGCAGGUAAUGAACAUGACUGAAUCGGAAAUUGAACAGUUCGCAUCAUUCAUGGGACAUACUAAAAAAACUCAUGAAGCUUAUUAUAGAUUACCUCAAGACAUUUAUCAAACUGCAAAGGUGUCAAAAUUACUACUUGCUAUGAGUAAAGGACAAGCUUCACAAUUCAAAGGAAAGAGCCUUGAUGAAAUUGAAUUCUCGGAUAGUGUAACAUCCGACUACCCCGAAGAUGAGGAUUC